ACAUCUCUUCUUAUAUUCUCCUCUUCUCAUGAUCACAUCAUUUCCCUCCAGUUGAGUUAUACUUUCUUCCUUCCUCCUUUUUCUUCUUCUUCUUUUUCUUCCAUUUGGCUUCAAUUUAUGAUCCAAGAUCCAAAUAAAAAAACUCUUUGUUUCUUUCCAAGAAUUCCCCUCUGAAAAUGAGUUUGAGUACUGUGGAACAAGUCUCUCUUGAUUGUGUGUUGGAUGAGCUUCCGGAUCGGAUCCAGCGACAAGAACAACCUGCGGCGCCCACGUUGGAGUGUCCGAGAUGUAGAUCCAUUAACACAAAGUUCUGUUACUACAAUAACUACAACAAGUCUCAGCCUCGCCAUUUCUGUAAAGCUUGUAAGAGACACUGGACUAAAGGUGGAACACUCAGGAAUCUCCCCGUCGGAGGUGGCCGAAAAAAUAAACGGCACAAGAAAACUUCAAAGAUGAUCAUAAGACCGACUUACAGUAGUAAUUCUCAAAUGGGUACCGAAAGACAGAGUCUUCUUGAUCCUCUAGAGAAGAAGAAGAAGAAUCCAUCAUCUGCAUCUUCGACCUUAGAUCCCAUGAACAACAAUAAUAUAGAAAACUUCAGUUUUGAUAGCUGCUUAAUGGGAUUUUCGGAAUUAACAUCAAGUUUAAGCUCUUUUGAGAAAAACAAUCCAUCUUCAUCAGAUAUUAGUUAUAACCUUUAUGCAGAAGAUUCACAAAUGGGUUUGAUCAUGCCAACAAGUAAUUUAAUGGACAUGCAAAAGUAUUGCUGGAAUUUGGAAGAUAUUGAUACAUUGGUAUCUUCUCAUGAACUUAAUAUCCCUUGAUAGAAA